UGCGGGAGCCUCCGCCGAGGGAGCUGGGGGAUCCUUCACCUCCGCCGCCGCCGCCGACUGGGUGAGCUCGGAGUGCCCCGGGCGCUCGGUGGGAAGCCGAGGCCAGGCAUGGGCCUAAUCUUCGCCAAGCUGUGGAGCCUCUUCGGUAGCCAAGAGCAUAAAGUAAUCAUAGUGGGACUUGAUAAUGCUGGAAAGACUACUAUUCUUUACCAGUUCUUAAUGAAUGAAGUAGUUCAUACUUCUCCAACCAUAGGAAGCAAUGUAGAAGAAAUAGUGGUGAAAAACACUCAUUUCUUAAUGUGGGAUAUUGGAGGACAAGAAUCAUUACGGUCAUCGUGGAAUACCUAUUAUUCAAACACAGAGUUCAUCAUUCUGGUUGUUGACAGCAUUGAUAGAGAGCGACUUUCUAUUACAAAAGAAGAACUUUAUAGAAUGCUGGCUCAUGAGGAUUUACGGAAGGCUGCGGUUCUCAUCUUUGCGAACAAGCAGGACAUGAAAGGCUGCAUGACGGCUGCUGAGAUCUCUGCAUACCUCACCCUCAGCUCCAUAAAGGAUCACCCGUGGCACAUCCAGUCCUGCUGUGCUUUGACAGGAGAAGGAUUAUGCCAAGGCUUGGAGUGGAUGACCUCCCGUAUUGGAGUGAGAUAGCUUUUUUCUUUUUUCUUUUUUUUUUUUUUCUUUUUUUAAUUCCUCCAAAAGAAGAGACUUCUAUUUAUCCUGUGAACAUGUACAUUUUUCUGUACUUUUGGCUGCUGCGGCAGUGACCGAUGUUUAAUUUAUAUCAGCCAACCUCUAAGCUGUGCUUGAAUCAAGUGCAGCUGAACUGAAACACAAAAGUAUUUUCUUAACUUUUUUUAAUACACUAAUCUUCAACUGGAUGAACAUAUAUGAAUCUGGUUUUAAGCAUUGAAAUUCCUCUGAAUAUGAAUUCUAACUUUUUCAAUGAUAGCUUUUUAAAAUCUGUUUUAUCAUUGUCAAUAUUUCAUAUUUUCUCUUUCUAAAUAGUUGUAUAACUUACUAACAUAAAUGAGCACAUUUUAUUUAAUAAUUAAAAGUAGUGUUUAGGCUAACUUUACUCUGCCAUAGCUUUAACCUCAAAGGAUAACCAUAUCUCCAGCUGGACUUCCUGGAACAUUAGUAGAGUUCUAGUCAGCACGAGAAUUAAUAGUUAUGAAUGCAAAUUUUUAAAUGGUUAAUGAACUAGUUAUAGUUAAUAUUGUGGUGGCUUUUAAUCUGAUACACAAUUGAACUUCUGCCUUAAAAGAAAUCUGUUUCAGUCUGAGUUUCUCUGGUAUGUAGUUCUAGGACAUUCUUAUAUUCUUCUACUUGAAGAUACAUCUCUGUACAGUGCAUAAAAAUAUUAGUACUAAGUGCUGGUGUCGUCAUUUAGAACUUAAAUACCUUUUCAAAGAUAAAUGGGUAAUUAAAUUUGGAAUCCCAGCGGCCAGUGUCAUGUGUAGACUUGCUGUAUUCUGCUAAAGUUUUAAAUUCUGUAUACAUGAGCCUUCGUCACCUUUUAAUGAGAAUGCUGUUUCCUAAACGAGUACAUAAUCAAAAAGGGAAGCCAGAUUUAUAAACAAAACAAAACCAUGGUGCUGUAUCUAUAAACUUCAGAGUGAAGGUAAUCUUGACACUUAUUUACCUACUAUCAUACAUGUUUUCAGAUUCUGUUAAAGAGAAAAUAUUUUGCCUUCAUUUUUGUUUCUGGUCUUAUUUGUACAAGCAGAGAGCUUUGACAGUGUUUGAGUUAGCUUCCUUCACCUCAAAUGUGGAAAACAGGUGGUGAAAUAGUGACCCAGUAACGGUUAAUUCAAUUUGAAGGAAAUCAAGUUAAAUGUAAAGAUAAUCUAAAGAUGAGUUAAUUGAGACCAUUAAGCAUCAAAUAAACCUUACCACCAAUUGCCCCAAAAAUCCCCACAUGAGGAUUAGAAAAAACCCAACAAACAAAACCUAUAGUGGACACUCAAUUCCUCACAAAGUCCCAGUAGCAGUCAGGUACCCAGCUUAUCUAAAUGCUUGGCAGGUCUUCCAGAAGCACCGUUCUGCACUUGAGCAUGCCUAAAAGCCACAUGGAGUUUGGUUACCAGAACCGUUUUACAAACUGACUGUAGGCCUUUGAUGACAAAAUGUUUUUGUUAAAUCUUGUUUUGAAAAUUUAAGCACACUGAGUUUUCUUUAAUAAAAUUUUAAGCUUUGUAAAUUUCAAUUUGCUUCCAUUUUAUUUAAAUAAAACGUAAAGAAAUUUUUAAAAUAUCAGCAAAUAUGUUGUCAUAAUUGUUGGAAAGAUUUUGAAUACAUGUGGAAACAGUGAGUAUGGUUGAAUGAAGUUGUGUGUUAUUGCCAGUUAGCAAAAGUCGCAUUUAGGACUACAUUGAGUGUCAAGUCAAAAUGUUCAGAAAAUAAUUAAAAUCUGUGAAAAGUAGUGCAUAAAGAAAAAAAAUGAAUGCAAAGCAAGGUUAAAAUCUGAUAUUAAAGCUGCUUGCUGUGA